AUGAUGAUGAUGAUGAUGAAGACUAACAAAAAUUUUGAUAAUUUCCAGGGUGCCUUAGGCAAGAAUAUAUUUAGUAAUCCUAGAACAUCAGUAGAUGAUGAUGACAUUCGAGUGGCGAAUGACAGAAAUGAACAACAUAAGCUAGCAGAUGAUAACAGGUCUGAGCGGUUGGGGCUUUUAAUUUUGGAUUACAACGAUAACGUACAAACUAGAAGAAGGAUGAAUGAUAACAACAGCAGAAGACGCGCUGGGAGGAAAAAGAAAAAAGGGCGUACUGAUAAGAAACAAGAGCAAGUUGAAAGUGUUGCAGAAGAGGAAGAAGAAGUAGUGAAAAAGAAAGUAAAGACACCUAGAGUUUCUGAUUCAGAGGAAAAAGAGGAAGAGGAAGUAGUUGAAAAGAAAGUUAAGCCACUAAGAGCUACUGAUUCAGAAGAAAGAGAGAAAGAUGAAGUAGUUGAAAAGAAAGUUAUGCCACUUACAGUUCCUGAUUCGGAGGAAAGAGAGGAAGAGGAAGAAGUUGAAAAUAAAGUUAAGCAACUUAAUUCGGAGGAAAGACAGAAUGAAGAAAUAGUCGAAAAGAAAGUUAAGCAACUUGAUUCGGAGGAAGGAAAAAAUGAAGAAAGAGUCGAAGAGAAAGUUAAGCCACUUAAUACGGAGGAAAGAAAGAAUGAAGAAGUAGUCGAAAAUCAAGUUAAGCCACUUAAUUCGGAGGAAAGAGAAAAUGAAGAAAGAGUUCAAAAGAAAGUUAAACCACUUAAUUCGGAGGAAAGAGAGGAAGAAGAAGUAGUUGAAAAGAAAGUGAAGCCACUUAGAGUUCCUGAUUCGGAUGAAAGAGAUGAUGACGGUGAUAUGAAAAGUGUAGCUACACGAUGCAUAACGGAAAUGGAGAAGAAAAAAGUCGAAUGCACCAAGGCUUGCUUUUGGACGUAUGAGGAUCACUACCAUUUAACAAGACGAAGUUUUGACAUAGGUGGUAACUCAAAAAAAUCUCACCUUAAAGAUGAUGACGAUGAAAGAAAAGAAAAUGAAGAAGGUACUGAACCCCGAGCUCACGGCAAGAAGAACAAGAGAAAACACCACGACAAAAAGAGAAUUGAUGAUAAAAGAAAUAAUUUACGGAUGCGAGAAGAGGAAACCGUUCAAAACACUCUGGUACCUAAUGCCGAGUGUUUGUUAGAAACUCAACAGGACGUCGAAAAAUGCAUAAUAUCCUGCAGAAGAGUUCAAGAAGAUGUUUGUGGUCAACUCAACUGUUCUGCCAGAUCUCAAAAGGCACUCCAUAAAGAAUGUAGCUAUAAUUGUAGAAAAAUCUUCGACGUUAAUAUUUGUUACUGA